GUUCUACUUUGACUUCACAUAAAUACAGAGAUUCGAAAAUCUGGAAAACAUAUUUUCUUCUGCCAACUACAACAAGUACAACUGCAAACUGCCGCGCUCGUGAAGACUACAACUAUACAGUACAAAUACCACUCAACAUACAAGUUGCACUCGCAAAACUUUAGGUCUUUUCCAGUUCGACUGCACGCAAACAUUUACGAAGACGCGUUACUACACACUUGUUCUGCUAAUUGAAAUCAGUUUUUCGCCUAACAUCUACUUUCCAAGCCCGUGGUCUUGACGUACACAUAAAUUCGCUCGUUUUUCCCCUUCUUUGGUUUUCUCGCAACGUACUUCAUCAGGAGGGCUACUUUCUUCGUACGAAUUCAUUUCGUACUUUACUGUAGCUAUACCGAUCCAAGAAAUACAAAUUCGUAAAAAUGGCCGGCCCAGCAGUUUUUUCUCCUCGUCGCGUUGCCGGUCUGUGCUCCGCCACGGUGGUUGUUGCCGCCUCGCUGUUCUUUCCCCUCUCCGCAAACGCGGUUCGGGUGUUGGCAACUCGAGGGUCCUCCGGGAAUAAUAAACGCCGCGCACCUAGUGCCGAGACCGCACGCCUGCGACUGCUUGCUGCGGCGGAAGUUCCUGUCCCUGAUAACAGCGAUGAUGAGGACACAUUGAUGGAGCCUGCGACAACUAUCCCCGUUGCGCACGGCGACGUCGAGAUGGCGCAGCCGGCACCUGGCUAUCCCUUUGGUGGGUCUUCUGCCUCGUCGUCGUCCGCUGCAGCACCAGCUCCCUCUCCUGCGGGUGGUUCCUACGCGGGCGCGUCCUUUUUAUCUUCGGAAUUUCUGGGCAUGCCGUACGUCCCAUCGCCUCUGCUCGGGGCCGAGGCUUGUUAUCCGACAUUAGAAGAAGUACCCCGCUCCGCCAAGCGUGGUUGUCAGCGAGCAGGGCAAAGUCGUCCAGGAACGCCCGAGAGGGCUCAGCACGGAGGGUUAUGAAAUGCGAACCUCACGUAUAACACCAGAACCGUUUCUCGGCAGCGAAGUAGAAGUACUACAAGUUUCGGCAAUAAAGCAACUCAUCUCACGAGAGGCCGCAACGGCAGGUCGCAACUGAUCUGUGCACGCGAAAGUAGCCACCAAUGCGCCUGCUCUGCUACGCACUAAGACUGACAACUCCGGUUUAACAUGCUCUUUCUCGUGUUGUAGGGGGGGUAAAAUUUUGUAGUGCAGCCAUUAUCAUGACUAUUUUAUCAGAUGUUGAAAAGCUGUGCAGCUGCGGUCCUGGGAAAUAUGUUUCUACUCGUUUCAUAAUUAUCGAAGGAGGACAUCUUGCACCGGCGCAACCCUGGCCUCGCCAUCGGCGGCAAGCGCGCGGAACGCGACCUUUCGAGAGGCCAGCCGUUCCCGUCCACCGACCUGCCGAAUGGGGACGGAGGAGACCUUAUGGACGCAUCACGGUCGAAGUUGACAAAGUCGAAAAUGUCUGCGAUGCGUAAAGUCGAUGCCUCCGAUUAGAGCCCAAUUUCUACGCGCCGGCGCAUGACAAAUUUUGGUAGCACCUAGAUCCAGUUUGUCAUGCUGUUUGGGCAAAGAAGACCAAGAUUGCUUCUAUCAUGCUUCUUUAGCAUUUCUGUGUGAUCUCGAACCCCGUACAGGCGUACGAUCGCCCCCAAUUGCCUUCUCUGCAAGAGAGCACGCGCUUUGUGCCACAAUGCAUUUGGUGCAUGAAUAAAAAAAACACAACAAAUUAUAAUUUUAACUUUGUCGAUUUCGAAUAUGACCCUUCCAUACAGCCCAGGGACUUCGUGUUUUUCGAAGAGCUCGUGAAUCAGCGUCUAGUGGAGGUGUACAAAGACUACUUUCCGCUGAAUUUGCAGUACACCAACGCCGAUGUUGCCAGACCGGCCAUGGCAAUCGAGAACGAUUCGGAGCACAAAGACAAGCUCCUGGAGAUUCAACGUCAACUCACACAGCAUGGUCGAACGAAAAGUCUUACCCUGAAUAACAUGUGGAUGGCGCUAGGGGAACAUUUGGUGUAAGACAAAUCAAAUUUUUAAAGUGUGUUGUAAAAAAACAGAUGACGAAUGUAUUUCAAGAUCGCGAUGCGAUCUCCAGGUCGUGCCGAGUAUUACGAAAUGCAAGUGUAUGUCUCUGCUCCCAGGGCGGAGGCGGGAAAAAGUUAAAGUAGAUUUCUCAUGCAUAUAUCACACGAACAAAAAGUAGAUUUCUGAUUUCUUACCUACUCACAACACAGCAUCGAAAGAAAGUUUUUCCUGGUACGCGAGUUCUUGUGUAGCAGGGGAAACAAAUAUCUUGGUCCACUUAAUUGUUCACUCUUGUGCAACAAAUUAAAGAACUACUAGAGUAAAAAUCACGAACAAGAAGAACAUGAAGCCUUGUAUGAUCAUUUCUGAACAAAAAUUACGGCAUCUUGUUUUUCCGUUCCAUUUUUCAUUUACAAAGCGGGCUUUCCUAUCACAAUCAUUCUUUUUUUUUCGUCGAAAUUAGAACUACAACUACAUGGUGGAGGUCGUCCUGCUGUCUAUUGAAGAGGAGACUAUCGAGGCAUUUAACCAUGUUGACUUCCUUUACCUGUCUGCGUCCUGUAUGAGGCAAAAAUUCUAGCGCUUUCUGUACCAGGAUUAGUAUACAGCAUGGCGGAGGCGGACUAAUAUCAGUGACACUGCAGAGCGCUGCCGAAGCUUGUCUUCGUCGAAAGAUCGGCCACGUCGAACUACGUGUACCUCCAUAUCUGCUGCACUAAACCUCUAGUCGCCGUAUGCUGGUGAUGACUAGCUACGUUACUCCCUACUACAGAUAGCACAAGGAUGACCAUGGGUAAAAGUGUCUCUGCCAAAAUCAAAAAUGCCGACUAUCAUAAGUCAACAUCGUGAUGGAGAUCUUCGUGUAUGAUUGGUGUAUGAUAAUUAAUGGAAAAAAAAAUUGAAACAAGAAGUGUAGUAGAG